AUGCGUUUCGCUUCCGCCGCCAUUUUCUUCGUGUUCUCCCUUUUGGCUGUCGAUGUUGUUGCUUCUCCCGUUCCCGGUCUCAAGCAGUUCAAGCCCGCUCGCCGCGAUGAAUUGAAGAGGCAAACCGACGCGAAGCCGUCCAAAGUAUGGGAGGCCCGCGCCCCUGCUCCCAGCAAGAGAGCUCCGGGUCCAUCCGCUGCUCUCGGAGCGCGCGCCCCAGGCCCUAGCAAGAGGGCUCCUAAGCCUUCCGCUGCGCUCAUCGCUCGCGCUCAUGAAUUCACCGACUAA